AUGGAUGCAGAAUCGGAGGCUAACCUGUACCGGAUGUACGAGAAGAGGCAGUACGACGCCACUCGACAGCGGCCGGUGCUUCCGGUGACGAUCGUGACCGGCUUCCUCGGCGCGGGCAAGACGACGCUGCUGAGGAAGAUCUUACGCUCGAAGCACAACCUUCGCAUCGCCGCCGUGGUGAACGAGUACGGCACUGUGGACCACGACGGAGGGGUGCUGGAGAGAGACGGACAGACGGACAGCGUAGACAAGCUCAUGGGCGGCUGCGUGUGCUGCCACACCUCCCUCGGGGGCCAGCUCGAGGAGAAGGUCAGCGAGCUGUUGAGGAGGCCGGACCAUGCGGAAGAUAGGUACGACUACCUCGUGAUCGAGACCAGCGGUGUUUCUGAUCCAGAGUCGAUCGUGCGGGCACUCGACAAGACCUUCGGAAAGCUCACCAGAGCAAGGUUAGACUCCGUCGUGACUGUCGUCGAUGCGGACGCGCUGUCCCACCAACUGGAGGAGGCGGCGGGGGCGGGGGGGCAGGGGGGUGCUGGAGGCAUGUUGGUCUCCAUGAGACACCAGCUAGAGAGCGCUGACGUCAUCCUCCUCAACAAGGCCGACUUACUGGACGACCAACGGUUGUCGAAGCUCACCGAAGAGGUCGCGAGUGUCAAUCCCGCCGCACGAGUGGAGUUCUGCUCCUACGGAAAGGUGCCCCUGCACUCGGUGCUGGACGUGGAGGCCCCGCGGACCGACAUCCAGGGGGUCUCCCAUGAGGCGGCGGUGGCGGCGACGGACACGAGUGCUCGGCGGAGGUGGGGAAGACGGAGGCACCGCAGGGACACUUGCGGGACGACCGCCUCGAGCAGGUUCCAGGAUUGGGUUUGCCAUGGCAUGCCGGCGGGCGUGGUGCGGGUGAAGGGGGUGCUGGCCUUCGACGAGGACAGGCUGACUAGGUCGGUUUUCAACAUGAGCGGGAGGCGGCGUCUUUCCUUCGAAACCGACGGCGUGUGGCAGGGACCAAUGAGCCUCCACCUGGUCGUUAUAGGGGUGGGGAUGGACCGCGCCGGGGUUUUGUCCGCCUUGGAAGGCUUGCGCGUCGACACGUCGUCCGGUGCUGGUUCGGAGAGACACUGCGACGGCCGUGGUUCGGCCGAGCUUGAGAAGGAAACCGAGCGAAUGACGAGAAUACUGGAGGACGAUCCUCUCUUCGAUCCCGUGCCUCGUGAGGCUACGCCCUCGUGUGCCCAGCACGUCGUGCGCUUUCGUUUUACCGGCGCUGGUGCCUACGGUAUCCCGCCAUCUCAGCUGUGCAUCAAGUUCGGCGUAAACCUGGACGCUGUCAACCGAUCCAUCCUCCGAGCCGUCAACAGCGGCGCGACACCCGGCAGCAGCACUAGCCCCACGACCAGGUACUAGUGUUGGCGUUUCCCUCGCGGACGCUUGGCCCACGCUCGUGGAAACCGCGCGCGGGGUCAUGAAGACCGAGCUGGGUCAUAUCCACUUCUGCAACUGCUUUUCGUAGUGGGCGCAGGGGCUCUCACUCACUCACUCACUCACUCACUCAGUCAGUCGUGAUGAUGAUUGAUGAUGAUUGGCGACGGGAUGACCCCAAGAGAAUAGUAUUUCCGGGGGGUGGAAGGCAAGUAGGUUUGUUCUUGGAACGUUGGGCCAGCUUGAACAGCAGUGCGUGGCAUCUUCCGUUCAAGGUCGCUUGGUGGGCUUGCUGUCCUCGUGCACCAGAUCCCUCCCUCGAUCUUAUUUUCGUUCCGAGGGGCUGGAAGGGAUGCAGUCGGGCGUUGGGUGGACUCGUGCAUCUUUGUGUGUUGUACUUGUAGCACAAAUCAGCGUUUGUUGUCGUGCGUGGCUGGAGAUGAGGAGGGGGCUUAGGAUGUCAGACCCUCGUCUGAACACCAUGCCUCUUCUUCCUUGUUUGGCUCCGGCGGACCACGUAAAAAGACAAAUAUCCCUCUCUCGCGAAUUCACGCACGGCAGUGUUGAGUUAUGUCUUGGCAAGUGUUGAGGUAUGUCUUGGCAAGUGUCGCGCUCUUUGGUCAAUCACAAA